ACGUCCACGCCAAACGUGGCCGCGAGGACACGCAAAAAAGACACACCGCUCCGCUUAGCAUUAGAGACCAUCGCCAACCGCCUGUGUACGGAUCUUCUGCUUUCGCCCCGUUUCGCCUGAGAGGGAUUUCUUAAAACCAGACGAGUCAAGGAUCAAGCCUACACAAGAUGCAAUUUCUCGCAGUACCAGUGCUCUUAGGCCUGCUCAGCACCACCUUCGCCGCAUUCCUUGGCCACGGCGCCGGCGUGUCGCUGCACGGUGCUCCGGGAGUCUCCACUCUUCAGAACGCCGCGACGGCUGCCACCUUGCGACCAGCCUUCUCCUACGCAGCUGGUGCGCCGGCUGUCACCACCAGCGUUGUGCACCACGCCCCAACUGUUGCAGCCGUCAGGCCCGCCGCUUACACCGUGACUUCCGCGGCUCCGGCUCUGACUACCAGCGUGGUCCGGGCCUCUCCGGCCGUCAGCAGCGUACGAUACGGAGGCCUUGGAUACGGCGGUCUUGGAUACGGAGGUCUCGGAUACGGAAGUCUCGGAUACGGAGGUCUCGGAUACGGCUCUCUCGGAUACGGCGGUCUCGGAUACGGCGUCGGCCAGAGAGUCGUCACCUCCGCUCCCGCUACCACCACGGUCUACCAACAAGCCCCCGCCGUGUCUUACCGGGGUUACGGCGCUGGACUCGGGUACGGAAGCGGCCUCUCCUACGCAACGGGUCUCGGGUACGGCGGUGGCCUCGGCUACGGCGGGCUCCGCUACGGGGGGCUCCGUUACGGCGUCGGCGCCACCACGUUGUCCGCGCCAUCCGUCUCGCAACUGAGCCGUUUGUCCUACUCGGCACCCCUGGUUUCCGCCGCGCCGGCGACCGUCAGCUACUCCUCUCCUGCCUCCGUGACGACCGUCCACCACGGCGCUCCCGCCGUCGCCGUUAGGCCCGCCGUUAGCUACGCCACAGCGCCUGCCGUUGCAGCUUACCGUACGGCCGCCGUUGCCACCCCGGUUACCACUUUCGGCGCUGGUCUCGGCUUCGGACACACUGUAGCCGCGGCUCCCGGCUACUCCACUGUCGGCCGCGUCAGCUAUGCCGCCCCCGCCGUAGCCGCCGUCAGGCCUGCCGUGAGUUUCGCCGCUGCUCCAGCCUUCACUGCCGUACGCCCAGCUUCAGUCAGUUACGCUGCUCCUGCUGUAGCGGCCGUCAGGCCUGCCGUUAGCUACACCACAGGGCCUGCCGUUGCGGCCGUUAGGCCCACCGUGAGCUAUUCCACCGGACCCGCCCUGAGUUACACCACAGGGCAUUCCGUUGCUGCCGUUAGGCCCACCGUGAGCUACUCCACCGGACCCGCCCUGAGCUACACCACAGGACCUGCCAUUGCCGCCGUUAGGCCCACCGUGAGCUACUCCACUGGACCCGCCCUGAGUUACAGCACCGGACCAGCCGCUUUCACGUCCUACCGCACCGCUGCCCUCCAAGCGCCCGUCGCCACGUUCGGGACUGGCCUCGGACUCGGCACCACAUUUGGCCAGUCGCUCGUCUCUCCCGGUUUCGCGGCCGUGAGGCCGGCCGUGAGCUACGCGACACCCGGCGGCUCCGUAACAACUGUUCACCACGCCGCCCCUGCCGUAGCCGUGAGGCCCGCAGCGCUUAGCUACUCCGUCUCUCCAGCCGUCACCGCCGUCAGGCCUGCUGUCAGCUACGCCACCGCCCCGGCUGUCGCGGCUGUCCGACCAGCCGUCAGCUACACUUCCGUCAGGCCAGCCACCCUGAGCUACGCCACAGCCCCGGCUUACACCACGUCGUACCGCACCGCGGCACUCCAGGCUCCGCUGGCCGCGUACGGCACCGCGUACGGCGCCGGGUACGGCUCACCCGCUGUUGCGUACCGCACCGCCGCCUACGCAGCUCCCGUGUCCAUGUACGGCGCUGGCAUCGGUCUCGGCCACACCAUCGCCUCGCCCGCCUUGAGGCAAUACCGCACUGUCUCCUACUCCUCACCCGUAGUGGGUGGAUAUACAGCUACGGCCGCUCCGGGGACUGUUAGCUACAGCCUCGGAGGACUGCGCGGCGGCUACGCCGCCUACGGCGCCGGGUACGGCUCACCCGCUGUUGCGUACCGCACCGCCGCCUACGCAGCUCCCGUGUCCAUGUACGGCGCCGGCAUCGGUCUCGGCCACACCAUCGCCUCGCCCGCCUUGAGCCAAUACCGCACUGUCUCCUACUCCUCACCCGUAGUGGGUGGAUAUACAGCUACGGCCGCUCCUGGGACUGUUAGCUACAGCCUCGGAGGACUGCGCGGCGGCUACGCUGCCUACGCUGGCGCUCCGACCGUGGUCCACCAUUCGGCGUCGCCAGCCGCCUACGUAACCGGCACAGGAUACGGUGCCACGCAUUCGGGUCUUGUCGGGCACGGAGCCCACUACGGCACCUUGGCGUCCGGCGGAGGACUGUCCUACGGAGGUCUGUCCUACGGAGGUCUGUCCCACGGAGGUCUGUCCUACGGCGUCGGGGCUCCUCACAUCAGGGUCAUCGGCGCCGCUAAGAAGAAGUGAAGCGUUGCAUAUUUUGCUUCAACACGGGAGGAGACGGAGGCGUCCCGAAGUGGUUUUCAUAUACGAUGAACGAAACCGAGUGGUAUUUAUUCCCACCUGUCGCACGCCCGAAAAUAGUUGUUUGCACUUUCGUUUGAAAUGCGGCUGCACUUCGAUCAAGAUUAGACGAUCCUUGUCCUCUGAAUGCUGUGUGCGCGAGAUCUCUGAGCACGUGAUGAAUAAAGACGGUGGAAAACCUGA